AUGCAGGCCAAUCUUGAUGAAAUUUGUGAUUCAGUGACCUUAAGAAUGAGUGCUACCGAGCAAACUCGAUCUGGCUCCGGCAACGGCAACGGCAACGGCAACGGCGAGGGGAUUCCCGACGAUUUACGUUGCAAGAGAUCCGACGGUAAACAGUGGAGAUGCACGGCAAUGUCCAUGCCCGAUAAGACCGUGUGUGAGAAGCACUACAUCCAGGCCAAGAAACGUGCGGCUAACUCUGCUUUCCGAGCAAGCCAGAAGAAAGUGAAACGGAGAUCAUCGUUGUUAGGCGAAGCAGAUACAUAUUCCGAAGGCAAGAUGGAGGAUUUCGAGAUGCCUGUGACCAGCAUUGAGCAGCACUAUGGCAACGGCUUUGCCUCUGCUUCCAAGAACGAUGGUGUUAGAGAGAAGAGACAUGAGAAAAGCAUGGCUCGUUACACGCACGAGACGCCGACGAUGAGGAAUUACUCUUCACGUGGUGUUGUUGCUGUGGAUUUGAACGAUGAGGUUUCUGGAGAUGUUGGAAUGUUUGAAGAGAGCUACAGAUCUUAUAGGACGCUACCGUCUGCUGCUUUGAUGGAGACGAGUUCACGCAACAGAUCAUCACACCAAAGCAUGAGCCCUAUGGAAUACUCAGCAGCGAGCACAGAUGAGUCUGAAGAGUCUUUGGGGCAGAUUUGUCAUCAGUGCCAAAGAAAAGAUGGAGAUAGAAUCGUUUCUUGCCUCAAAUGCAAUGAAAGAGCCUUCUGUGACACUUGUAUAUCCACACAGUACUCGGAGAUAUCACUUGAAGAAGCUGAGAAAGUUUGCCCUGCGUGUCGUGGUUUGUGUGAUUGCAAACUCUGCCUGCGUUCUGAUAAUACUAUAAAGGUACGGAUCCGAGAAAUACCGGUUUUGGACAAGUUGCAGUAUCUUUACCGUCUAUUGUCAGCUGUCCUUCCAGUGAUAAAGCAGAUCCAUCUUGAUCAAUGUACAGAAGUAGAACUAGAGAAGAGGCUUCGUGGAGCUAAGAUUGAUCUUGUCAGGGCAAGAUUGAAAGCAGAUGAGCAGAUGUGCUGCAACGUGUGCCGGAUACCAGUUGUUGAUUACUACCGUCAUUGUUCAAAUUGCUCAUAUGACCUGUGCCUGAGAUGCUGUCAAGAUCUACGUGCAGAGUCUUCUGUAGAGAUUAGUGAGACCAACGGAGUCAUAAGAGAGAGAGGAGGAGGAGUUCCUAAACUGAAACUGAACUUUUCAUAUAAGUUUCCUGAGUGGGAAGCUAACGGUGACGGGAGCAUCCCUUGCCCUCCUAAGGAAUAUGGAGGCUGCGGUUCGCAGUCUUUGAAUCUCGCACGCAUUUUCAAGAUGAAUUGGGUUGCAAAGCUUGUGAAAAACGCAGAGGAGAUGGUUGAUGGAUGCAAGAUGUCUGGUCUUCGGAACAGUGAGCUGUGUAAUUCUGGAUUCUGCAAGUUUGCUGAGAGAGAGGAGAGCAGUGACAACUUCGUGUACAGCCCGUCGCUUGAAACGGUUAAGUCUGAUGGAGUAACUAACUUUGAGAAACAAUGGGGAGAAGGUCGGCUUGUUGUUGUGAAAAAUGUACUUGAUGAUGAGUCAUCCUUCUCUAGAUGGGAUCCUGAGACUAUAUGGAGAGAUAUAGACGAGGUUUCAGAUGAGAAACUGAAAGAACAUGAUCCAUACUUGAAGGCCAUAAAUUGCUUGGAUGGGUCGGAGGUUGAUGUAACGCUUAGAGAGUUCACAAAAGCAUAUAGAGAUGGAAGAAACCAAGAUACUGGUGCUCCGUUACACUGGAAGUUAAAGGAUUGGCCGAGCCCAAGUGCUUCUGAGGAGUUCAUUUUCUACCAAAGACCUGAGUUUAUCAGAAGAUUUCCGUUUCUAGAGUACAUACAUCCACGGCUAGGCCUUUUGAACGUUGCAGCCAAGUUGCCUCAUUACUCGCUGCAAAAUGAUGAAGGUCCAAAGAUUUAUGUGUCUUGUGGGACUUGCCAAGAACCUGUUCCGGGUGAUUCGUUGAAUAAUAUUCACUACAGCAUGCGUGACAUGGUAUACCUCUUGGUGCACACAUCGGAAGGAACAAAACUCGAAAGUGCGAGAGAGACGAAUUCAGGUCCAGGAGAAUCUGAUGAGAAGAUGGUCGAAAAGGAGUCGCUUCUUAACCCUGAGGAAACAGUAAGGAUCGGAGAGUUACAUGAUCUAUCACUUGGUGAAGUCAAUAUGGAGAAGAAUGAAUCUGAUGAGAUGAUGUUGACUGUAAAUCCUGAGAACGUAGCAGAUCAAGGUCCUUCUUGCACGCCUUCAUGUUCAGGAGGAGCCCAGUGGGAUGUCUUUCGACGCCAAGACGUCCCAAAGCUGGCUGAGUAUUUGCAGAGAACAUUCCAGAAGCCUGACAAUUUUGUGUCACGCCCGUUGUAUGAAGGAGUUUUCUUAAAUGAACACCACAAGAGACGACUUAAAGACGAGUAUGGAGUUGAGCCAUGGACGUUUGAGCAAUGUCGUGGUGAGGCUAUCUUCAUUCCUGCUGGAUGUCCGUUCCAAGUCAGGAAUCUUCAGUCGAAUGUUCAAGUGGCGCUCGAUUUCUUGUGCCCUGAAAGCGUUGGAGAGUCAGCAAGGCUAGCUGAAGAAAUCAGGAGUUUGCCUAACGACCAUGAGGCAAAACUUCAGAUUCUUGAGAUUGGAAAGAUAUCGUUAUACGCAGCUAGCUCAGCCAUCAAAGAGGUUCAGAAACUGGUCUUGGAUCCAAAAUUUGGAGCAGAGCUUCGUUUUGAGGAUCCCAACUUAACCAAAGCAGUCUCUCACAACUUGGACAAAGUGAUCAAGCGGCCGCAGCAAAUUAGCUGCACUUGA